AUGGCAACACCGACCAACCCCCGCCGAACCUUCCAGCGUGCCUCCCGCGCCCAAAGUAUCAUUUCCGAUUCAUCCUUCUCCACCCCUCGUCCAACACCACCUCCGCCAUCGACGCGACUCGGCCGCGGCGUUCGCGCCAACAGCGUCGUCAACGAAGCACCAACCGCAGCCGAAACCACAGCAGAAAAAGGUGCACAGAGAGCCGUAGUAAAGUUACCAGCGCACUAUUUGCUCGCACCUACAUCCCCCAGCCCAUUCAUGGGAACAUUGGAAGCAAGUCUAGACGCGAUCCAAGAAUGGGGACGCAUGAACACAACCAGCAACGGGACUCCUACGAAGAGCGUACAAAGUAUCGUCGACGCACUGUUGCGUCCCGUAGAUUCCAGGACGAAUUGGCCCAUUCUCCUAUCCGCCCUCCAACAAGAAGAAAACCCCCCUUCAGAACGGUGGACCCGAUACCUCACCGAAGACGUCCUCUUCCUCCUCACCCGAACACUGUUACCUGAACAAAUCCUCGAAAACAGGAACCUCAUGGCCCGUCUCUACAACGUGAAGAAACAACUUGCCAUGCGACUCGUGCUGCGGUACGACAUGUUGCGGGACUGGAAAAUGGAAGCUGGGACACAUCACCGCGAUCAGGCUGUUGCUGUGGCGUCGGUGCCACCACCAUCAUCAAAGGGACUCGCUGCUGCUGCUGCUGCUACACCAGCGUCAGCACCUGUUGCUAUGAGUCAACGGGCGAAGAAAGAAAAAGGAAAGUACCCUUUCCGACGCCCCCUUCUCCCUAACAUCAUACCUACGCUCAUCGCCGCUCCGACCGGUGGUUUCACAACACACGGCGUGCGCGAGCGGAUGAAACACCACGUCACGGACUUAGACUCGUAUCUCUUGUUAGAAGACGACGAGGUAGGCGGGUGGACUAGGGCCAAGCUGCUGGGGAAGUUGUGUCAGGUUGUGCUGCAUUGGCAGUGGAUGAGGGGGAAUAAUGAGUUGUUGGGUGGCAUGGAGGUAAGGGGGUGGGAGGACUUCGAGGGCAAGGCGGAUGAGUGUGAGUGGAUUGCGGAGGAUGUCAAGAGGAAUGUGGUGGGUGGGGGAGGGAGGAAGGCGGUGGCUGUGGCUGUGGCUACGGAGGGAGAGUAA